AUGCAGGAGGCCGAGGUGCAGUGCAGAAGUGUGGACUCAGCGGCUGCAGUGGGAACGGACUGCGUGUCCCGGGUCCGCCCCCUGUGGCUUUGGUAUUCUUGCAUCCCGUUUCUGUCGGUCAGCGGUGGCGGUGGCGCCACCUUCACCAGCGUGGUCCACAUGUGCCAGCGCACUGCCGGGAUCCCCGUCCUUAUCCCAGCCGAGAUCGGGGCUCCCGCAGGGAACCAAGAGGCGUCCGUGGACGUGGUAUCUGGAGAGAGUCAGCACGUGUCCAUGGAAGCG